GGUUUUACCAGCCAGUCACGUGGGCUGGUUUCAGCGCUGGUUGAGGACAGAUAGGGGCAGUUGUAGCCAGUGAGAACAUGCUGUUCGCUGGACGGUUUCUACAGCCGUUCGUUACCUGUUGCCCAGGGAGGCAGGGCACUCAGUUCUAUAUCAGCUUUGGUGUCAUCUAUACCAUGUUGGGUGUGAUUGUUCACCUCCAAUUUUGUCUGAAGCCUGUAAUCCAACGUGAGCUUGUCUCAAUCCAGUGUGUAAAUGAGAUGAUGGAUGGAAGUAUACGAAAUUCGUAACACGUGUUGUUGAGAGAGAGAGAGAGAGAGAGAGAGAGAGAGAGAGAGAGAGAGAGAGAGAGAGAGAGAGGCAAUUCAGGUGUCCUCUCCGAGAGCAAGACCAGGGAAUAUUGCCACGCGCUCUACAAGAGUGUGGGAGAGAGAGAGAGAGAGAGAGAGAGAGAGAGAGAGAGAGAGAGAGAGAGAGAGAGAGAGAGAGAGAGAGAGAGUUGCAGUCCACGUGUAUUGUCCAGUAAGACAUCCCCGCUGCCUGGAGUUUGCUGUUAGCUAUCUUGUAUUGGAACGCGAGUGAGAGAGAGUGAGAGAGAGUGAGAGAGAGUGAGAGAGAGAGAGAGUUGCUGCUUUGAAGACGAUGGACGUGACGAUGGCGAAGAAGCGGAAGCCUGAGGGUAUCGCUUCGCUGAUGGUUUACGCUGAUGAUGAUGAAGAAGAUGAGCCAGAGGAGGGAGAGGAGGAGAAGGAGCAAGACGAUGACGACGACGAUGAGGAGGACGAUGACAACGAGGAAGAGGAGGAGAAGAGGGAAGGGGAGGAUAAACGUGAUCGAAGGGAGAUACGAAUGGGAGAGGAGGAGAAGGGGGAGGAUAAAGACGGGAUAUCAGAAAAGGAGGAAGAAGGAGAAGUUAGUGAAGAUGAAGAGACAGAUCACAUGGAUAUGGAGGUUGAUGACAGCCGACAGGGAGAAGUAGGCGAGAGGGUCGAUGCCGAUCCCGCCUUGCCACCGAUAAUAGAAGCCCAUGUUCCCACACCAUCUCCCCCCCCUCCCCCACCACCUCCUCUUCCUCCCCUUCUUCCUAACCGAUCUGUUGAACGAACAGUCACGCCGCCAGCGCCGUCGGUAUCCCCAUUGUCGCCGAGCGACCAGCCAAUAUCCCAGCCUCAGACGAGACCUGCUGACGUGUCCGUUCUCGGGAUCGUUGAUUACGAAGGUGGUGCUGUGUCCGUCCGGAGGCCCACGCCCGGCUCGGUCAGGAUCAUCAGCCCAGGGCUAGUCGUGACCCCUCGGGAAGAUGACGGUAAUGCUGCGGCAGAUGCCAGCCAAGGAGAUCAAGCAUUGGGCACUCCGUUCAAUGGAAGCUUGAGGCACUCGCCUUUGGUCAGAAGUCGACCACCGGCCUCGCCGAAUGGAGAAGAAGGGACGGCGAGCGCCAGACGUGACGUUGAAGACCCCUUGGAGAGUUUCCUCCCUCCCCCAACGACAGAAAAAUGUCCAGAACACCUUCAGAGGAAGUUUAAAGAUUUCCUUGACUUGAAGGCCAGUGGGGUGGAUUUUAACAAGUCUAUCAUGGAGAAGAAGGACUACCGCAAUCCGGACUUUCUGGAAAGAGUCGUCCGCUAUCACAACAUUGAUGAGAAGGGCUCGUGUUAUCCGAAGGACAAGUUCAAUCCGCAUGGGUACGAUCCCAAUGAUUACUAUGACCGUCUAGGUAUUAUUACCUGCAACCGUAUCUGCCAGACAUUGCUUCUUGACAUGAACCUGUACCCGAACCUGGACGCAAAUGUGGACCAGAUUCGGACUCGGGUGUGAUGGGCAUGCAACCGCACAACAUGCCAUAAUGGUGUCAUAAACUUGCUUUACAACCAACCCCAUGC